GGACCUCCUUCCUGGGCUGCUGAGAGGAACCCGAGAGAGCCUAGCUAGGCGGACUCAGAAAAGGCUUGGGUACCUGGGAGGAAAGAGUAGUGUUGAGGUGUUAAUUGUCUUGGAGAGUAAAAGCUAAUCUGCAUCUUAAAGGAACGGGGCCUCUUCCUUUUUCUCCCACAAAGCUGGGAGAGGCCCCUUGUGUGGGAGGAGGGGUAAAGAACAUUAGGAGGAUUAGACCCGGGGGGAGGUGUGGACGCCUUCCUGGUGGCGUUGGGAGACCCUAGAAAGUCUAGAGCCCGGAAAGGCAGCUCGGGGGGCAGAUGUGGGAAAUCUAGAGUGGGAGAGUCCCGAGAACUCUUCGAAUAAGGAAUGGUGGAGCCUGGAGGGAGCUCAGAACCACGAAUAGGAGAGUUGGGCAGAAGGGGAACCUCGGACCAUUUAAUCCAAAGCUCUCCUUGGACAGAUGGGGAAAGCGAAGCUCCCUCUGUGGGUCUUCCGCCUCCCGGCCCAGGAGGUGAAAGAAGAGGUUUGGAACCUGGAGCCCGAGAGGAGAGACAUGAGGGGGAAGAGGUCCCCGGAGCUCCGGCGGUCCCGGCAUACCGCAGAUCGUCGCCUUAGCCUCUGGGAAAUUUGGCUCGGCCGGGAGGAGGGGCCUGAGCUGGGCGGGGAAGGAGGGAGGUGGCCAGUUCUCAGACCAGGUGAAAUACAGCUUCUCCAGCCUAAAGGGAAAUGCUCGGUGGCUGGAAGGAACUGUGGUUACUGGGUCGGAGCCAGUUUCCAGAGGUGAAGCUGCUUGCUGCAGGAGCACAGGUGCCCAGUGAUGCAGAAACCAAGACCCAGAGGGAAGUAACUUGCCCAAGGCCACACCUAAGUUUAGGAUCAACAUUACUCUCCCAAGCUUAAGUUUUUCUCUUACUGGACCUGCCCUCCUCCCCUUUGCAUCCCAGGAAAUGAUUCGAGGACCGAAGAAAGGAUGCAUCCAGGUACUGCUCAUCCUUGGCUUAGCGGGUGGGGUCUUAUUUCUCCUCUCCCAUAACGGAGAUUCCACGGAGUCCUUCCUGACCUAUUGGAAAGCACAGACCUCCCCUGAGCCCCAGCAGCAAAGGGUUCCGGAGCCCCAGCUCCCAACCGUGUCUGAACGUCCUCUGGCACCCUGCUUUACCAACACCUCUGUGAUCAAAGUGUCUGGCUUCUCAUCUCAGCCCAAGCAUAUCCAGAACUUCCUCCUUUACAAACACUGCAGAGAUUUCCGCAUCCUUCAGAGCCCUCCCCCAAACAAGUGUCUACGGCAGUCCCUCGGGACUCCAGCCCCAGUCUUCCUCCUCCUGGCUAUCAAGUCAUCGCCCAAGAACUACGAGAGGCGGGAAAUCCUCCGUCAGACGUGGGGACAGGAGCGGGAGGUCCAUGGAGCCGCCAUUCGCCGGCUCUUCUUGGUAGGCACUGAGUCUGAUGUCCUGGAGGCCCAGAAAGUGAAUCGGCUCCUGGCCAUGGAGGCCCAGACCUAUGGCGAUAUUCUCCAGUGGGAUUUCCAGGACUCGUUUUUCAAUCUGACGCUGAAGCAGGUGCUGUUCCUAGAGUGGCAGGCUGUCUACUGCCCCGACGCCUCCUUCAUCUUCAAUGGCGACGACGAUGUCUUUGCCCACACAGACAACAUGGUGGUGUACCUGCAGGGUCAGGACCCGGACGCUCACCUGUUUUCAGGCUAUGUCAUCAGCCACGUGGGGCCCAUCCGUGUGCCCUGGAGCAAGUACUACGUCCCAGAGCUGGUGGUGAAGGAAAAUAGGUACCCGCCCUAUUGUGCGGGGGGCGGCUUCCUGAUGUCUCGGUUCACCACCCGGGCCAUCCGGCGUGCCUCCCACCUGAUACCCCUCAUCCCCAUCGACGACGUCUACAUGGGCAUGUGUCUGGAGCACGCAGGGUUGGCACCGGCCAUCCAUUCGGGCAUCAGGGUGGUGGGUGUCCAUUCCCCAUCGCCCCGCUUAGGGUCCUUCGACCCCUGCUUUUACAAGGAACUGCUCUUGGUCCAUCGCUUCUUGCCCUAUGAGAUACUUCUCAUGUGGGACGCCCUCAAGCAACCAGGACUAGAAUGUGGCAAAAAAGCACUGCGUUACCCAGGGGACUGACUGGGUGAGAGCACCCCAAAGAGACCGACAGCACAUGAUACCAGGAAGAACAGAAGCCAGAACUCAUAGCUUCUAACGGACACUAACUAGGUGACUUUAGCCAAAUCAUUUCCCCCACUAUGAACCUUAGGGUCUUCCCUUGUAAAGUAGGGAGAACACCAAACACUACCUAUCUCACGGGCUUGUUGUGAGGAACACAUCUUGCGAGUCUCUGUGGCACCCCCAACAGGGAUGAAUCUUGGGUGAAUUCCUUCUCUAUGUUCUACCUCAAUUUUCUCAAUCUGUGAAAUGGGCAGGAGUUCCUGCUCUUUUUUUUUUUCCAGUUCUUUAGGCUGCUGUGAGGAUUAGGUGAGAUGACAGCUAGAACCAGGGCACAAGGCCACAGUUUGAGGAAGAGAAGAAGAGGCUAAGAUUACUGACCUGAAGGAGGGAAGUGGUUUUGCUGCAUGCUUUAUCCAAGGAAG